GGCGUGGUGCGUGUCGGUUGAGUUUGUUUUCUCUUGAAACCGAGGCAGAAAGUUAGCGAAGCUCAGCCCCGCCCCCACCGGAGAGACAACAGAGCGGCCAUGGCGGCCGUCCGCCCCAGUCUGUGGCUCUUUGUUUUGGGUUGUUUGGUGUUGAACGGCUCCAUUGCUGACAAGAGAGAUCCAGAAUGUUCACAUUUUACAAAUACAUCUUGUGAGCGGUGCUUGGAAAAUGUCAGUUGUCUCUGGUGUUUUUCUGACGAGAGCUGUGUGAAAUAUCCUGUUGGGAACAUAAUUCCUCCAAGUUCAGUAUGUCCCUUACGCGAAGCUCGCUGGGGAGUCUGCUGGAUGAACUUUGAAUCCUUGAUUAUUGCCAUGUCUGUAGUUGGAGGACUCAUACUGCUGCCCUUGAUAUGUUGCUGCUGCUACUGUUGCUGCAAGAAGAAAUUCCGCGGUUCUAACCAGGAUGAAGAGCGAUGGGCCAAGCAGCAAGAGGAUAGAAAGCGUCGCAACGAGGAACGAAAGGCUGAAAGAAAAAUGCAAUAUGAUGAAAUUCGCAGGAAGUAUGGUCUCCUUCAGAAUUCUGAGCAGCCUUACAACAAAUUUGAGAACGAAUGAAGAGAUUCAAAGUUUCUAUGAUUUUUUAAAUGUGAUUUACAGCAAUUAUUUCCAUCUGAUAUUCAAAGCUUGUUAUUUUUCAUGUUAAAACAUUCCUAUCUACUAUUCAUAUUAACACUGAGUUAUAGAAUAAGCCACUUUUUACUCCAUUCCUCAAUACAAUUUAUAAAUGUACAAUCUAGAAUAAGUGCCUUGAAUUUCUAACUGACUGCCAGUAUAGCGAUGCCAAAUUGUGUGGUUUUUUUACGUUGAUGCUGUAUAUUACAUUUAAUUACUUAGCACCAAGUCGUGAAAAUUGUGCUUUUAUAUGGAGACCAAUGAAAGUUUUGCCUUAUCUGGAUAACCACAUGUACCUUAUCUAUAUAGUGUUGGUAAUGGAGGGAAGAAAUUAAAUGGUAACAUUUUUUUAGACUCUGAAUGUAAAUCGUAAUUUGAGAUUGUUUUAAAGCAUUAGCAUUGUAUUCCAGAAUGUUGCACUUGACUUAACUGAAAAUUAUUUUGAAUACAACCAGCAUAUGUGUUAGUGAGUAUAAUGUCUUGUAUUUACAAAAAACUGCGACCAUUUACAAUUGUGUUGGUAUGUCCUUGAUGUUCUGAAGUGGCAAAGUAUAGGUUGUUACACAUAUAGGUAUUAUGUUCUUUACAUACUGCGCAUGGAUUUAGCUUUGCUUCAGGGUAUUGCUGGUAGAUACCCCAAAUUCAACAAUAUCCUAAUUAAGAUUUUCAAUCCCAGAAGAUUUCUUUUUGUAACAUCUUCAAAGUUGUGUAGGUGAUGGUGAAAAGGGUAUGUUCUUCAGGAGUUAAAUACACUGUAAAUCCAAUGACAAAUUAUAUAUUUUGCUCUGAUUUUUGUUUAGUUUUGCAAUACAAUUAAUAAGGACAGGUAUACUUAUCCUUUUAUUGGUGAUAUCAGUUUAAAUAAAAAGCCAAAUUAAUUGAGAAAUGUGAUCAGUUCUAUGUAAUGUCAUCUGAACUUUCUGCAUUUAAUUUUCAAAUCUACCUGGUUUAUACUUGUAUUGUUUCCUGCUCUCUUUGAUGCGAUCAUUAAAAUAAAUGCAUACAAAAUA